AUGGCCUCUGAUGGUUCACCAUCACAAGAUUCUCAGAAGAAGAAAAAGAAGACUUGCAGAAAGGACACAGAGGUCCAGGUGGAAGUUCAGAUUGAGCAGCUUACAGCAUGUGGACACAGCGCUUUAAAACAGGGCGACACCUCAAAGGCUCUGGAAUACUUCAAAAAGGCUUUCAAAACUGCUGUGCAUCUCAAAGAGACUAAAGUACAGCGGGCUUGUGCUUUUAACCUUGGAGCAGCAUAUGUGGAGGCAGGUAAGCCCCAGAAAGGGCUUGAUUUUCUGUCACAAGCUGAGACAAGUGAAAGAUGUGAGCGUGUGGCAGAUCUGCAGUUUAAUCUAGCAGCAGCACAUGAGGCUCUGGAUGACCAUGUGCAAGCUGUCAAACAUUACCAACAAGCUGCACAGCUUUAUCGCUCACAGGGAGAUGGGAGCAGUGAAGGGGACACCUGCAUCAGACUCGCCCACUGUCACCUGCGCAGGAAGGAGUGGGCUGAUGCAGCAGAGAAUUACCUGCGGGCAGCAGAAAGCUAUAAGGUGGCAGGAAUGCUGGCCUCUGCUGCUGUGGCCCUGAAGGAUGCUGGGAAUCACAUGUUGAAAUGUGACUGCUUCUCAGCAGAUGAUGUCAUUAGCGUUCUCACAGACUGUUUGGAGUUGAGUGCCAAAAUCACAGAACCAGCGACACUAGGUAAGCUGUAUAACGCAGUAGGGUUGAGUUUCUCUCAGCUGAAGCUCUUUCCUGAGGCUGCUGAGUGCUAUGAGCUGGCUCUGCCUCUGGUCCGCUCCACUCCACGCAAGCUAGCUGUGGUCAUGCAGAAUUUGGGUGCGGUCCACAACUCUUUGGCAGAGUACCGUAAAGCCAUGGAGUACCACAGGGAAGCAGCUGCACUGCACGGGUCAUUGGGUAGCCGUCGGGCUCAGGGCUGCUGUUUCUGUAACCUGGCUUACGCGCUCAGUGAACUGGGGGAACUGGAAGAGGCAGGAGAGAGCUACCUACAUGCUCAACAGGCUUUCAAAGAUAGCGAUGAUUCCUUAGGGCAUUGGCAAGCGUGUGAAGGUCUGGGUGGAAUCAAAAUGAGAUUGAGAGACCCAGACAAAGCCAUUUUCUACUAUAAGCAGGCUCUAGCAGUAUUGUCCAAGUGCAAGGUAAAAGUGUUACUGAACACAUCACUGUCUUGCUUCCAGGAUGUUUCUAGCUCUGUGCAGGAAAGCCUUGUCAAUAAGCUAAGUGAGGCUUUACAGAUGAAAUUGGCCACUCAGCAAAGAGGCGCCCCCGCAAGGCAAGCUAUCAAGGAGAGAAACUUGAACAGGCAGCACCUGCGAAUAGCUCAGAUGAGUAACACUGAGGAACUAAUGGCCGAACACAGAAGAAAAGAACUACCGAGCAGUCACAGGGUAGAGAAUAAGGAAUGGAGACCUACAGAAACAUGUGGACAGAGGAAACUUCAUGGUGACGUGAUAAUAACAUCAAAAGCAACACAAACAGAGCGUCCUGACUGCACGAAUGCACUACCAGAAGCCAAUAGGAAUCUGAAUAACACAUACGAGAAACCUCGUCUUGAAUGUCAGAAUUCUACAGACUCCCAUUUGAUCGUGCAGCAGGAUGAAGCCAUGUGUGAAACCUCCAAACAGACCCCACUGGAAUUAAGUAGUAUGCCCCCAUUGGAAGAGAGCACUGAGGACUUACCUCCAGCACAUCUUCACAGUGAGGAAUCCACAUCCACACAAAGGACCAAAUCCAGAUUCUGCACAGUCAUGUGA